AUGGCCUCGCGCGGAGUGUACGAGCACCGCUCGCUCGCCGCCGCACCCCUCUCCACCAACCCUCCCGGCUCCGCAUCCGGCGUGCCCCCUCCUCCUCCCUCGACCUCGACGCCCUCUGCUGCCGCACAGCAACAACAGCAGGGGAUGCACCCUGCGGCGAUCGCAGCAGCAGCGGCGGCAGCGGCAGCAGCUGCAGCAGCACAAGCCGGGCACCCUAUGAACGGCCUCAUGCACCCUCCUCCUCCCGGCGGCGGUCCACCCGCUCCUGCACCUCCAGGCGCCCCUCCUCCCGCUGGAGUAGGAGUAGGAGUCGUCGCCCCUCCUCACCCCUCGGCGCAGAGGCUGAACGACUUGUUGGAGUUUGUCAAGGCCGAGUUUGAGCAGGUCGCGGGUGAGGGGAGCGUGUUGAGGGUCCAGCGGGAGGAGUACGAGGCCAUGAUCCACACGCACGCGAGCGAGCUGAACGCGAUGCGCGCAAUGGUCUACGACCUCGAGCGCAAAUACCACGACGACAAGCGCGUACUGCAGGAAGAAAACUCGAGGUUGCAGGAGGAGAACUCGCAUUUGCGUCACCAGCUCGAUACGUCCAGGUCGUCGAUCUCGUCUCAACCUGGUGCUGGGCGGGCGGCGGGAGGAGCGAGGCCGGGAAGCAGUGGGUUCCCGGUUCUUGGAGGAGGGGGAGGAGCAGAGGUGAAUGGAGCGCAGGUGGCGGGGGAGCACCCGAGUAAGAGACUGAGGACGGACGAGGAGGAUCGGAGGAAGAGCGCCUCCUCCGCGCGACCCGCCCCUCAAUCCGGCUCACGACCUCCUUCAACCGGUCCCGGCGCGCCCUCCUCAACUCACCAACCCUCUCCCCUCCCUCCCUCCGCCUCCGCAGCUGCUCCCUCCCCCGCCCCUCCCGCCGCCGCCUCCAAAGACGAAAAGCCCGCGACCUCUGCACCUCCCGCAGAAGUGACCUCGUUCGAUCCGGGCACGGCGCCGAAAGAGUUGAAGAAGGAAGGACCGGAUUGGGUGACGAUGUUUAACCCGAAUGUCAAGCGGACGCUGGAUGUCGGGUUGGUGCAUACGUUGGUGCAUGAUUCGGUCGUCUGCUGCGUCCGCUUCUCGCCCGAUGGCAAGGUCCUCGCCACGGGCUCGAACCGCAACACCACGCUGUACGACACCAAAACCGGUGCUCGAAUCGCGCAAUUGUGCGACGAAAGCGCGAACCAGAAGGCCGACAACUAUAUCCGCUCCGUGUCGUUCUCCCCGGAUGGGAAGUUGAUGGCGACUGGGUCCGAGGACAGGAUCGUGAGGGUCUGGAACCUCGCGCACAAGCGCAUCUCGCAGGUCUUCUCGGGCCACACGAGCGAGAUCUACUCGCUCGCGUUCUCUCCGGACGGUCGACGCCUCGUCUCUGGCUCGGGCGACAAGACUGCGCGGAUGUGGGACAUCGAGACUGGCUCGUGCGCGUUCACGCUCACGAUCCACGACAUCACGAUUGCGGAGAACGGGCCAGUCGAUGCGGGAGUCACGUCGGUCGCCUUCUCCCCCGACGGCAAGUACCUCGCCGCCGGCUCGUUGGACACGGUCGUGCGCAUCUGGGACGCCGAGACGGGCCAGUUGCUCGACAAACUCAAGGGACACGAAGACUCGGUCUACUCGGUCGCGUUCUCGCCCGACAGCAAGUUCCUCGUCUCGGGAUCGUUGGACAAGACGCUCAAGAUGUUUGAUAUCGCGGCGUUCAAGACGGCGAUCGCGGCGGCGCCGAAGGAUGCGCCGGUCGGAGAAGGGGGAAAGGCGACGUUGUUGACGACGUUGCAGGGUCACAAGGACUACGUCUUGUCGGUCGACGUCUCGCCCGACAGCGCGUGGAUCCUCUCUGGCUCCAAGGACCGCGGGAUCCAGAUGUGGUCCAGCGCGACGGCCAAGAGCCAGUGGGUGCUGCAGGGCCACAAGAACUCGGUCAUCUCGGUCGCGAUCUCGCCAGUCGGUGGACUCUUCGCCACGGCUUCGGGCGACUGGUCAAGUCGCAUCUGGUCGUACAACACGCUUCCCACUGCCUAG